AUGAAAUACUCAGGCCGAUGGCACACCGAAGGUCAAACUGAGAAUAUUGUGGCGGUUAGUGUCUAUUAUAUACAUGUUGACGAACAACUGGAGGGUGGGGCUUUGAAAUUUCGCCCACCUGAGACACCACAAUAUACCUAUGAUAUUGAAACCGGUUAUGAAGUGAAUGUUGGUACUGGUGCUGCUAUUGUCUUCCAUAAUUCCACGCCACAUCGUUUUCGGCAAAUACGUAACCUAACCAAAGCAGAUAAUCGUCGACGAACAUUCAUAAAUUUUUUUAUUGUUGAUCCAUCAAAGCCCAUACUUUUAAGAAAUCCAACAAUAGCAAUGAUAUCAGCUGAAACUGCUAAAAAGCUUUUAAUUGAAUGUAGUCAAAGAGUGUUAAAAAAUGGUCGACAAU